UUGUGCUAGUAAUUUUCCGGGGUCAAGAAGCACUCUGCACUACAGAAGUACUGCGUUUUAUUUUGCUCUCGAUCACCCCCGCUGUCCCGCACAGUAGGAAACUGUGAUUCCUCACGGGCCAAUCGCCUUCAUUCCGUUCUCAGGCUCCACGUCGUCCGCCUUGGCCGCCAUUUUUGUUUGGGGCCCUCGUAGAAAGCCGCGGGAUCAUGGGCGGAGGCCAUUUUUCUUUUGGGCGGAUUCCGCGCGCUUCCCGAGCCGCUCGCUUAGUGUUUCUCCGCCAUCUUAAGUCCUGGUUGUGGCUUCAAGCCGACCGCGAAGCAGCCCAGGUCAUCUUUUGUUUGGGUGGCGGCAGAGUUCCUCUACGCGCCGCGAGCCCUUGGGAAGCGGGAAGUAAGCCGGAAGCACGGUUUUCCAAGCUUCUGAAGGCUGGCUUGAGAGCCUGAUGCACAGCCAGGUACUACUUGACCAGUGCACCCGGACAGUAACAAAACAAAAGCCCGAACCCAAACCCUACCACCGUCGUAGUUAAAGGUCUGUAAUUGCUCUGGAAUCAGUAAGCCAUGGCGUCAAAGAAAUUUGCUGUUAAGUGUGGGAAUUUUGCUGUCCUGGUGGAUCUUCAUAUAUCUCCGCAAGGUUCAAACAAAGAUACCAGCUGGUUUUCUGAAGAAAAGAAAGAGGAAGUCUGUUUACUGUUAAAAGAAACCAUUGACUCAAGAGUGAAGGAAUACUUAGGAGUUCGUAAACAGCACAAGCCAUCAAACACGGAAUUCACAAGAUCCAAUCCUUUGUCCUUAAAAGAUCUGAGUAACGGUAGUGUGCUUCAUCAUGGCAUAGACGCUUCGCACAUGAUGCCAGCCGGUAACUCGACUGCUCAGGAUUCUCGACAUGGCAAGGUGACCGAAACCUCCCUUCCUAAGGGAUCUGAGCCCUCAGUGGUCCUGCCUUUCUGAGGUUGCCGUAGUUUUUGUUAACUUUUAACGCUGGAUGUGCUCUGCUAGGUCAGACCCAUUAUAUUCCUUGUGUGUUAUCCGUAUACCUUGUUGCCUUUCUUGUACCAUCGUGAGCCAGCAUUUCAACCCCUCUUU